AUGCCGCAGCGGUAUCAUAUCCCAGCAAGUCGCGAACUGCAUGUUGUGGUUCUCGGAGCAGGAGGCGUGGGGAAAAGCUGCUUAACAGCGCAAUUUGUCCACAAUGAGUGGAUUGAAAGUUAUGACCCGACAAUUGAGGAUUCAUACCGAACUCAAGUGCAAGUCGACGGCCGUCAAGUUGUUUUAGAAAUCCUUGAUACCGCGGGGACUGAGCAAUUUGUUGCUAUGAGAGAUUUGUACAUGAAGACCGGCCAAGGGUUCCUCCUGGUGUUUAGCAUCACAUCGCCCUCAUCACUCAACGAGUUAGCUGGACUGCGUGAGGAAAUCAUUCGCAUCAAAGAUGACGAGAAUGUGCCAAUGGUCAUUGUCGGUAACAAGGCUGACCUUGAGGAAAGUCGUGUCGUACAAAGGGCCAAGGGGUUUUCGAUAUCACAACGAUGGGGUGCGCCGUAUUAUGAGGCUAGCGCCAGAACAAGAACCAAUGUUGACGAGGUUUUUGUUGAUCUAUGCCGCCAAAUGUUACGAAAAGACGAUGAUUAUUUAGCAACCAACGAAACAGACGACAGUGGCUUCAAAUUUGAUGCCUUCCGGGGCGGUAACAAGCGCCGGCGACGCAUCAGACUUCGGGAAAAGGACCACCCUCGAUGUACCAUUCUGUAG